AUGGCUAUUCUAAAUUGUAUCGCAACAGUCGUAGCAAAAAAAGAAUUCGUAAAGCAAGUUCAAGAGAUCUUGGAGAGUGUUGUUGAGCCAACACGUGCUGAAAAAGGUUGUAUUCAAUAUGAUCUCUUGCAAUGCCACUCACCCAACGAACAAACUUUCGUUUUAGUAGAGCAGUGGGAGUCCCAUGCUGACCUAGAUGCACACAAAUCAACCCCUAGAUUCGCAAAGAUGGUUGCCGAUCUCACACCAAUUUUCGAAUCACUUGAUUUAUUUAACUAUUUAAUUAAUACAUCUAGUUCUGGAGGAAUUAGAUUUGGUGUAAAAGUUGGAUUUGCAUUAGAAGGUAAUAGAGUUGGAACUAGUUUUCAUCAAAGUUUCAAUCAUAGAACAAUGUCAACAAAGUCAGUUGUGACUACUCAUCAGGAUUCAAAAGUAGAGAAGAAGAAUAAAAGUGAAUGGGAAUCUAUAGAUUUAAACAAUAAUCAUUUGGAUUUAAGAAAGACGCUUUUAUCAGGUCAAUCUUUUCGUUGGCGAAAACUAGGAGGCGGUGGUGAAUCGGAUUCCGAUGAUAUUACUACUACAGAGCAAUGGGCAGGUCCUCUAAAGAGUUAUGUUGUAGUACUCCGAAGAGUUGAAGAUCGUCUCGAUUACAAGUUUAUCGACAGUCAGAAUAGAGUAAAUCACAACACAGCUGCAUUCACAGAGAAAGAGAGAAAUGCGUUACUCACCGAUUACUUUCAUUUGAAUUUGAAUUUGAAGGAACAGCUCAACACACUUGGAUUUGGUUAUCGUUCAAAGUUUAUUGUGAAAUCAGCAUCUCAAGUCAAAGAAAAGGGUGGUGAAGUGUGGUUGGAGUCUCUAAGAAAACAAAGUCACGAGAAUGCACAUAAGGAAUUGACAUCGCUAAUGGGUGUAGGUCAAAAAGUUGCAGAUUGUGUUUGUUUGUUUUCUAUGGACAAGUUGGAUAUAGUUCCAAUUGAUACUCAUAUAUUUACGAUUUCAAAGAAGCAUAUGCCAUCACUAGCCAAGAAGACACUGACACCAAAGAUAUAUCAAGAUAUCAGACUAUUUUGGAAAGAGAAAUUCGGACAAUAUGCAGGUUGGGGUCAUACCAUUUUAUUUGCAAACGAAAUAGCUGAAUUUAAGAAUAAAUCAACUACAUCUACAUCUAUAUCCGAGACAACAACAACUACUACUACUACAACAACAACUACUACUUCAACAAAUAAAAAGAAAGGAACAAAAAGAGAGAAAUCAGAUGAAGAUAAUGAAGAAAAAGAAAAAGAAGAAGUAGAACAAGAAGAACAAGACGAAAAUACAAUUGAAAAAGUAAAUAUUAAAUCAAAUAAAAAGAAGAAAAGUAAAAGAGGAAAUUUUAUAGUUUAUAAGAAGGAAAGAACAGCUUUAGAGAAAAGAAAGAUGACAUCAUCACCACAAUUAACAUCAUCUGGUGAAAGACAAUUAAAGAAACCGGGUAUUCAUAUCGAUCAGGAUGGUUGUCUUAUAAAGAGAGUACUGAAGGAAGGAACUGGUGAGUUGGCACAACCCAAUUCAAUCGUUACCAUUCACUAUGAGGCGUAUCUAUCUAGUGGACCACUGUUUGACUCUACGGUUCAACAGAACACACCGCUCACCUUUCGUCUGGGAAAGAGUCAGGUUAUCGAUGCCAUUGAAAUGUCGAUUCCAACGAUGAAGGUUGGUGAAGAUGCAGAGAUUGUCACCACACCAAAGUAUGCAUUCGGUAAACACGGAUUGCCUCCUUUCAUUCCACCAAACACUUCUAUCAUCUAUAAAAUACAAUUGUUAUCAUCAAAAUUAGAUGCUGUAAAUGAUUAUAAUAGUUUUGAUACAUUAUUAUCAAAAGUAAAGCAAGUUAAAGAUAAAGGAAAUCUAUAUUUUAAUCAACAUAAAUAUAAAUUAGCUAUGAAGUAUUAUAUAAAGGGUAUUUGGUUAUUAGGUGAUAAUAGAUAUACAUUAUCAUUGGAUGAAAGUAGUAAUAAGACAUUGAAAGAUACACUGAUUAUAUUGUAUUUGAAUUUAGCAACAUGUAAUAUUAAGCUAUCGGAUGGUAAACGUGCACUCACCAAUUGUGAAAAGAUCUUAGAGUUGGGUGGAAGCAGUGCAAAGUUUUAUUUUAGAAUGGGACAGGCUUAUUCACUUAAUAAACAGUACGAACAAGCUAGACGUUGUCUAGUACAAGCCAUCAGAUUAGAACCAAACGAUACAACCCUAAGAGAUGAAUUAGAAAACAUAAAGAAACAUCUACAGUAA